GGGAACUAGAGAAGAAAUGAAUUGUUUUUCAUGUUUAUAUUUCCAUGAAAAGAAAAAAGCUCCCAAAGAUUCAGAUAACAGCCGUCGGAGAAAUGGUGAGUUGACCGGUAGAGACAACAACAAAACACACCCUGAGAAUCCAAAGCCUAAUAAGACUGGAAAUGAGCAGAACAAGAACGAUGAUGCAAACAAAGAAGUGACAAACAACAUUGCUGCGAAAACAUUCACCUUCAGGGAGCUAGCUACUGCGACCAAGAAUUUCAGACAAGAAUGUCUGAUCGGUGAAGGCGGUUUUGGAAGGGUUUACAAGGGAAAAAUCGAAAAAUGUGACAAGAUUGUGGCAGUGAAGCAGUUAGAUAGAAAUGGGCAGCAAGGGAACAAAGAAUUCAUAGUAGAAGUGUUGAUGUUAAGUCUUUUACAUCACAAGCAUCUCGUGAAUCUAAUUGGUUAUUGCGCUGAUGGAGAUCAAAGACUUCUUGUCUAUGAGUACAUGUCUCGUGGUUCACUUGAAGAUCAUCUCCUCGAUCUAACACCGGGCCAAGUACCAUUGGAUUGGGACACGAGGAUUAGAAUUGCGCUAGGAGCAGCCAUGGGUCUUGAAUACUUGCAUGACAAGGCAGAUCCUCCGGUGAUCUACAGAGAUCUCAAGGCAUCUAACAUCCUUUUGGACAAUGACUUCAACGCCAAGUUAUCAGAUUUUGGACUAGCAAAGCUAGGUCCUGUAGGAGACAAACAACAUGUGUCCUCCAGAGUUAUGGGAACUUAUGGUUACUGUGCUCCAGAGUAUCAACGAACCGGUCAGCUAACCAUUAAAUCUGAUGUUUAUAGUUUUGGAGUUGUGUUAUUGGAGUUGAUAACUGGACGAAGAGUUAUUGAUACAACUAGACCCAAAGAUGAACAUAAUCUAGUUACUUGGGCACAACCUGUGUUCAAAGAACCGAGUAGAUUCCCGGAACUAGCUGAUCCAAGUCUGGAGGGAGUGUUCCCGGAGAAAGCUCUUAACCAAGCCGUAGCGGUAGCAGCAAUGUGUUUACAGGAAGAGGCAACGCUACGACCACUCAUAAGCGACGUUGUAACCGCUUUAGGUUUCCUGGGAACUGCUCCUGAUGGCACUAUAGCUGUUCCACGUUACGACGAAGUUCGUCCUCCUCAGCCGUCGGGUGAAACCUCCGGUGAGGAUUCUAUGGCGCCGAAGGAACGGGAAAGAGCCGUGGCUGAGGCAAUGGAGUGGGGAGUUGCUUCGAGAGCAAAUUCUCGGAACACAAGUGCAGGACAUUCUCUAAACCCCAGUGCAGCACAUUCCCGGAACCCUAGUGCAGCACAUUCCCGGAACCCUAGUGUUUCUUGAUUUUAAGUUUUUUUUUUUUUUUUGUGUCUUGAUUUUUAUUUUGGGUUUGGUUGUUUUCUUUCCUUUUAAGUUAGUGGUAGGAGUUGUUACUAUCUUUUUUGUGUGUUAUAUAUUGUUCUGUUUUGUGUCAUUGUGUAUAUUAAUUCCAGCUGGGUUUUCAUAGCUAUAGAAUGAAAAACUUCAUGGUUUUCUAUUCUUGGUUUUAAGAUUUUUACGUUCAUAGACUUUAUUUCACAAUAAAUUUCUUUUGUUUCGAGUAAAAAUGAUUAAUAAUUAUAGGAGCUUUGAUACCGUUGCAUGCACCAUGCAUGGAAAGCUCAUAAAGAGCAGCUAAAUAGCAACAUUAGUGUAGAAUGCAAUAUUAAAGGUAGAAAUUGAAGCUAUGUUUCGAAGAGGAUACAUGAUCGGAUGAAAUAGUUCGAUGUAUCUCUUGAUUAUUGUUACGUGUGACGCAAGAAACCCUCUCGUCAGUACAUAAACCUAAAAGGCCUUAAAAUGAUUGGGCUUAUAAGUAAGGCAAAACGUGGGCUGGUCAGAAAGCCCAUAUCUAAGCCCAAAACAUCAUCCAAACUCACAAUCUCUCUAGCUACCUCGCUCUCACGAUCUUGAAUUCUUGAUAGGUGAGCUCAAUCUGAAAAGCUAUGUCAGGCGAGGUAUGGAGAUGGGUAUUAGGUCUAACAUACAUACUUGCUGUUGCCACGAUUUGGAUUGCUUCCAGCUUUGUAGUCCAGUCUGUGGUGGACGCUGGCGUUUCUCCCUUCUUGAUCACUUUCAUUUGCAACUCAUUGUUCGUCGUUUAUCUUCCCAUCUUCGAGAUCAGUAGAUAUCUAGAAGAUUCAUACGGUAGUAGUAUACUGUUCUGGAGAAACAAAAGGUCUCAUUUACUUGAACUAGCCGAAUCAGAAAAGACUGUUUUGCUCGGACAAGAUGUUGUGAUAUCAGAUGCAUCUGAAGUAUCAAGGGUUGUUGUAAGAGAGGAUGCUAAUGGGCUAGAUGAGAAGGGACGCUGGACACGGAUGCGAGUUGCUAAAGUCAGCCUUUUGAUAUGUCCGUUUUGGUUUUUGGCUCAGCUCACUUUCAACCUCUCUCUCAAGUACACGACAGUUACGUCAAAUACAAUCUUAAGCAGUGCAUCAAGCCUUUUCACCUUUCUUGUAUCACUACUAUUCUUGGGAGAGAGAUUCACAUGGUUGAAACUUUUCAGCGUUCUUCUUUGCAUGUCUGGCACCAUCAUUGUGAGUAUUGGUGACUCAGAAUCUGACUCAACUGCAACAGCUAAGAACCCACUUCUUGGAGAUAUCCUCUCUCUAGUCUAAGCAGCUCUAUACGCUGUCUACAUCACUCUUAUACGCAAAAAGCUUCCAGAUGAUGAUGAGAGAAGCGGCAGCUUCAGUAUGGCUCAGCUUCUCGGGUUUCUAGGUCUCUUCAACUUCUUCAUCUUCCUACCUGCUGCUAUAAUACUCAACUUCACAAAGCGAGAACGGUUCAACGCACUGACAUUAGAACAGUUUGGUCUAGUUGUUGGCAAAGGUAUGCAAACCACAUCACUUGUAGAUGUAGGGAUGCUGAUUUGAGUGAUGUUGUGUCUUGCGUUUUCAGGUUUGUUAGAUAAUGUGCUCAGUGACUAUCUAUGGGCAAAGGCAGUACUUUUGACAACAACCACAGUGGCGACGGCUGGGCUAACCAUUCAGGUUCCAUUGGCAGCCAUUGUAGACAGCUUAUCAGGGAACAAACCAAGCUUCACCGACUACAUUGGAGCUGCCGCUGUAAUGGUCGGCUUUGCAGGCAUUAAUAUUCCUUCAGAAUCAAAAGAGACAGCUAUUGAGUUGGAACCUGAGACUCUAGUGUCCUAAUUGUUUUCUAAAUUGUUGAAUACAAAUGUAGCUAGGAAAUAGAAGUGCAAUUGUUCAAUAAUAAACGGUUUCAUCUUGUUUUAUUA